AAUAAAUAAUAAUGUUAUUAUCACGAAUUAAAAUUUUAAAAUUAAAUUAAUAUUUUAAUUCGUGGGUAUAAUAAUUUAUAUUUAUUUUUAUAUUUAUUAAUUUAUUAUAAAUUAUUAAUACAACUUUAAAGUUUCUUAACAAAAACCUUCAAAUUGUUACUCAGUGACCAGUGUUGAGUCUUCAGUGUCCACUAGUGACUACGACAAUACCAUAUCGAAAAUGCGAAAUUAAAUCAAACUUAAUAUUAAGUAAUAUAAUAUAAAAGUAAACCGUAAACUAUGUCUUACAGUAAAAGAUUCUCAAUCGACGAUGCUUUUGAAGAUGAACCAAUUGAUGAUAUAAAAGUGUAUGUGUCUAGUUUAGGAAAUUCACCUUUACAAUCACCUGGACAAACCAAAUUGACUAAUUAUGGUGGUAUUGAAAAUGAAUCUAUUUCAAGAACAAAAAAAUUUGAAGAUACAUUAUCUCGAGACAGCGAUUCGUUGAUAUACAAUUCAACAGCACAUUCUAACCAAAAGAAUUGGUGUUGGCACCAUCCUCAAGUGCGAGAAAACUGGCGUGUGGUACUAGCUGCUGUAAUUUUAUUCAUCAUUGGAAUUGUAUUAUUAUCAGUGGCUAUAAUUGUGCAGUUGAGUCCGAACACAGAUUAUCAUCCAAUAGUGUUUUUCAUCGCUGGCUUCAUAUGUUUCAUACCCGGAGCAUACCAUGUUGUGUAUAUAUAUUUAGCCGCAAGAGGACAUCCUGGUUACAGUUUUUAUAGCUUAUCUUUAUUCAACUGAUCUUGGUGAGAAUAAAGUAACAAGUUGUAAAUUAUAUUUAUUUAUAUGUAAAAUAUUGUGUAGACAAUGUUACAAUCAGUAGCAUAAUUUAUUAUGAAUGCAUUCAGAGUCCCUGAAAUUUAUGCUGAAUUAUAUGAAACAGGGAAAAUUUAUUUUAAGGGCCUUUGAAUUUAAUCUAAUGUUGGGACACUAGUUUUUAUGUAAUAGUAGUGACUAAUGAAGUAUACUUUUCUUGAUGUGUUAUUCACACUAUAUAUUAUUAGUUAUUACUUUGGUUCUUAACCUUUUUAGGUUCACCACAUGUUUUAUUUCCUAUUAUAUUUUGAUGGAACAUAACAAAAAAACUUAACUGUUUAAAAACUAAAACGUAUUUUUAAAAGUUAAAAUUCAAUGUGAUAUUUAGCUUUAUUUUUUUUAAUGUUACAAGUAUGAAUAGAUGACAGCGCUACUCUCAUUUCUCAUUCUAGUGUGUGAAACUUGUCUCUUUCUUUGGUGUUAAUGUUUGAAAGUAAGGAAAACCCUAUCCACAAACAUAUUAAAUUAAAAAUAGCCACAUAACUAUUAAUGCUUUUUCUGAUAAUUUUUUACACUCUUCUUUGAUUGAUAUCCAAAAUUCUUCAAGUUAUAUUUCUGGACAUUUAAAUUUAAGACUACUUUUAGCAGAAAUGGAUUUCAUAUGUAUGGUUUUGAGUAAUUAAUUCUGCAACAUUAGAAGAAGCAAUUUGUGCUUAAUAGGAUCCUGUAACUUUUUUCUCAAAAUAUUUACUUUGAUUACAGACUUGUUAGUUAAAAUAAUUCUGAUCAAGAACUAAGAAGACCAUAGUUUGUACUUAGAUGCUGUUUUAAUUUACUUGGGAGUUGGGACCAUUGAAACAUUCAAGUUUUUCCCCCCACACAACACACAAUGGAAUCAUUUAAGGGUUUGUGGUUGAAUUAUUUGUAUAUCAUCGACAUUAUUUUCUUCAAUUGAACUUUUUCAACAACGCAUUUAUUUAUUUUAUUACUAUACACUAUGUUUGUCAUAACAAUUUUUUAUGAGAAAACAUUUCAACUAAUUAAUGAUAUAUUUAUCACCUUGGCUGUUUAGCUUAAGUUUCAAUGUAUGUAAUAACCAUUCAUUACUAACAACAUCAUUUAUGUACUGACUAGAAAAUGUUUUUUUUAAAUAAUGAUGUAGAGAAUUUUUUUCUACAUUGUAUGUAUAUAAAGAUCUAGACACAACAUUUACUACAAUCACGGUACAAUAUUGUGCUGUGGAAUACUGUUUGAGAACCACAAUAUUAGUAGCUCAGUAUAGAAUUCAGUAAAAUGUGAUCCAUAAUUUAUUUGUUAUUUAAAUUAAAUGUGUCUAAAACGGAAUCGCAUGGAACUAAAGUAGUAAAUCUGUUUUCCGGUGAAAAAUAACGAUACUAAAUUCAUAAAACAUUUUUUUCCUAUAUAACAAUAAAAGUCUUAUCUCAAUAUUUCCAUAACAUUAUUUACUGCACAAAUUUAAAUAAUGUUUGUUAAUCUUUUGUAGAAUAAACCUAGGUGCUACUUUUAAUGUUAUUACUUAUUAUAACAUUAGGACCAAAGAAGAAUUCUAUCUUUAGAAUUUAUAUUUAAAUAUUUCUGUUUUAUUCAAAUUCCCGGAUAUUUUUUAUUUUUUAUUUUUAAGUAGAUUUAGAGCGUGAUAAAAUAUAACACAAUUCAUAAUUAAAAUAUGUUAAGUAUUACUUAACUAAACUAGUAAAUUAAGUUUAGGUAUAUAAAAAAAAAAAAAAACAUAAAAGUAAGCAAUAUGAUAUUAUCUCAAAACACCAACAAUAAUAUGAAUCUUAGCUACUUAAUUAUGUAAUUUUAAUUUCCCAAUAUGAAAAUAAAAAUCAAAAUUUUACAAUAGGAAAUAAUAUUUUACAAGUUAUAAUAGAAAACAUUUUUAUUUAUAAUAAUCAUUACUAUUAAUUUAUUUGAAUAAAAGUGAAUCAAACUGAGGUUGUGAUAAACCAUAGACAAUUUUCUAAUUUGAAAUAUUAUAUUAAAAUACAAGCAUUGAUUUAAAUUUUUGCCAUCACAAAAAAAUACUAAAACAUUUUUUCAGUUAGGUAUGAGAAUAUAAAUUAUCAUAAACUAAUAUAUUAUUAUAAACAAAAUAAACUUUUUUUAUUUUCGGCCAAUAACCAUUGAUAUCUUUACUAUAAAAUAUAAAUCAAAUCAUGUAUUGACUAAUCACCAUGUAAAUAAUAAUAUACUUUUUAAAACAUAUUAAUUGACAAUUGUACUGUUUGGGACAGUAAUGAAAACAAUGUCAAAUUAUUUAUUUUACUAUGUGUAGUGAUUUUUUAUUUGUCAUGUAAUUAACAAUAACAUUUUUUAAAAUUUUAUUUUGUUUUAUUGAUCCUUUGUCUUUCUUAGUUACCUAUAUACAUAAGUAUCAUAUUUACUAGUAUUAUAUCACUUCCUAUUACUUAUAGCCUAUAGAAUAAGACAUAAUUUUAUGUUGGUAUUUUUAUUAUACUAGUAUCACUAGAUUUCAAGAUCUUAUAAUUUUAAAAUAUUUAAAGAAGACUAAUACAAUAUUAUUAUUAUUUUGUUUACAAUUGAUAUAAUUGUUUAGUGUUUUUUUUAAAACUAUUAUUUGUUAUUGUUUAUGAUUAGGGCUCAGGUGUCGUUGAUUUAAUUUGUACUGAAUAUGAGAUUUUUCUGACAUUAUUAUUUUUUUUUUAUAAGUAAAAACGAAAAAUGUGUAAUAACAAAAUUAUUUAUAAUCAUAUGUUAAAUUAAAUUAUCCUUUUCUAUAUAUUUUGUAUUUUAGUUUGAAUUUGAUAAUGUUAGAUGUACUAAAUAUAAAUCAAUAUAAUAUUUAAUAUAAAGCUACAACCAAUAUUGAUAAAAUAGACAUAGCUUAUCAAAUUAAUUUUUAUUCGUAAUUCCAUAAUAUUAUAAUAUUUAUAUUUCAUUGAUUACAAUAUUAUAAUUAACUGUGGAUUUUAUUUUCAGUAAAAAAGGUGGACAAUUCACUGUAUUAAUAAAACUAUGAUCAACGUAAGUUUAUGUUAUCAUUAGUUAUUUUAAAAAUCAAUAUUUAUCUCUUACAUAAACUCAUCAAAUUACAUAGAUUUAAAAGUAAAAAUAAAUUAAAAUAUAUGUUUCUAAAAUGAAUAAAAAUAAAAAAGCUCUAAUUAGAUAGGUAUUAUUAUUUAUUAGCAAUGUAGUAAAAUUUCCCUAACUCUAAUGCUGUUUAAUGUGAACAAUUUGUAUAUAAUAUAAAGGUUGCGUAUUAAUAGUGCUCUAUUUAAGUUGAACAACGGAGUACCUAUGUUUAAUUGUGUUACCUAUUAACUAUUAGAAAAUUAAACUAGUCUAUGUCAUCCCUACUUUUAUUAUAUUUUUAUUUUUUAUUUAUUUUUAUUGAGUAAUAAAUAUUAUUUUAUAUAAUUUGAUAUUUUCUUUCUGUUUUGCUCAAAAAUAAUUUGUACCUUAUUUAUUAUAUUAUGAUAAUAAUAAACGUAUGACUGUAACAAAAUGUCUUAAUACACAUAAAAUCAUUAAAUUUAUACAAGCAUAGCUUUUUUCAUUGGUGCUACUAGGGAGGUGUUUGCCACCUGGGGAUGUUAAGCAUCCUCUUAUUAAAG